AUGAUCCACUAGCAGGAGAAGCAGGAGUGAUUUCCUCUUGCGCCGCUACGAUGUAACGGCUCACUGUACUACAUCGGAGACGAACCAAUGACUACAGUGUGACUUCACUUAAGAGUUUUAGAUCACCCUGGGCUAUUUUGUUGCCCAGUAGUGAUUUACAAAGCAGAUAGAGACAUUUAUUAGACGAUGGCCGCAGACGUGGAUAAAACUCCUGCUGGAGAGCCAAGGGAUGAUCAUCAUAAUGAAGAUUGCGCGACUCCAUCCAGCAGACGCGCCCGCUCACGUUUCAAGCAACUCUCCAGUUUAUUUCUCAUCGCUGCUGUUCCUUUCAUCGGCUUUUGCAUUAAAUAUUACCAGGACGUCCAGCUUGUGAAACGACAUGAGGCAGGAUUGAAGGCUCUGGGAGCAGACGGACUCUUUUUCUUUUCAUCCCUGGAUACUGAUCAUGACCUCUAUCUCAGUCCAGAAGAAUUUAAACCUAUUGCAGAAAAACUCACAGGUGUGGCACCUCCCCCAGAGUUUGAAGAGGAGAUACCACAUGACCCGAAUGGAGAGACGCUGACCCUGUAUGCUAAAAUGCAGCCGUUGCUGCUGGAAAGCAUGACUAAGAGCAAAGACGGCUUUCUAGGGGUUUCACACAGCUCUCUUAGUGGGCUGAGAUCUUGGAAACGUCCAUCGGUUCCUUCAUCCACGUUUUAUGCCAGUCAGUUCAAGGUCUUCCUGCCACCCAGUGGUAAAUCUGCCCUGGGCGACACUUGGUGGAUCAUUCCCAGCGAAUUGAACAUCUUCACUGGCUACCUUCCCAACAACCGCUAUCAUCCUCCCACACCACGAGGCAAAGAGGUGCUGAUCCACUCUCUGCUGAGUAUGUUCCACCCGCGGCCCUUUGUAAAAACUCGCUUCGCUUCACAGGGAGCUGUGGCUUGUAUACGGGCUGCUAGUGACUUCUAUUAUGACAUUGUUUUCAGAAUCCAUGCUGAGUUCCAGCUAAAUGAUGUUCCAGACUUUCCAUUCUGGUUCACUCCUGGACAGUUUACUGGUAACAUCAUCCUCUCCAAAGAUGCUUCUCACGUCCGAGAGUUUCACCUCUACGUCCCAAAUGACAAAUCUCUGAACGUGGACAUGGAGUGGCUUUAUGGAGCCAGUGAGAGCAGCAACAUGGAGGUGGAUAUUGGAUACUUACCUCAGAUGGAGCUCAGAGCAGAAGGUCCCUCCACUCCCUCAGUGAUCUAUGACGAGCAGGGGAACAAGAUUGACAGCCGUGGGGAGGGAGGAGAGCCUAUUCAGUUUGUGUUUGAGGAGAUUGUGUGGAGUGAAGAGCUGAGCAGAGAAGAAGCAUCCAGACGCCUGGAGGUCACAAUGUACCCUUUUAAAAAGGUGCCAUAUUUACCAUUCAAUGAGGCCUUUAGCAGAGCUGAUGCAGAGAAGAAGCUGGUUCACUCCAUCCUCCUCUGGGGAGCUUUGGAUGACCAGUCAUGCUGAGGUUCGGGGCGGACUCUUCGAGAGACAGUCCUCGAGAGUUCGCCCGUCCUGGCCUUGCUCAACCAGAGCUUCAUCAGCAGCUGGUCUCUAGUCAAAGAGCUGGAGGAUCUGCAGGCUGAUAAGAAGAAUCUAGAUUUGAGUGAAAAGGCUCGCUUGCAUUUGGAAAUGUAUACUUUUCCAGUGGAGAUGAUGGUGGCGUUGCCCAACGGCACUGUGGUCCAUCACAUCAAUGCUAAUAAUUUCCUGGACCAGACAUCCAUGAAACCAGAGGAUGAGGGGCCUGCUAUUAGUUUCUCUGCAGGUUUUGAGGAUCCUUCAACAUCCACAUACAUCCGCUUCCUACAGGAAGGACUCGAAAAGGCCAGACCUUACCUGGAAUCAUAAAACUGAUUCAAGACUAUCUCUCCAGAAACAUCAGUGCACAUUAGAGAUAACUGAAAGGAGUAUGAGGGGAAAAAGAAAGGAAGCACUGAUAUCCACUCCCCCGUGUCUGAUUUUUAGGAACGGAAUGUGGAGGAGCCGACACAGUUUUUCUUAUUCAGAAGGCAGCUGGUGACCACGUCUUCCUUAAAGUGACACAUUACAUGAAAAAGAAUGCUCAAUAUGACAUCAUGUUGUCACUAGGGUCACAAGUGUGGUUUGUCACCCAAUCAAACCUAAACGCUGUUUAACUACACAACACAAGUCAUAUAUUUUUAUAUAGUACACUUCUUGAGUGACGAAUGUCAUUAGUCUGAUCUAUUAGUCUGUUCAGACUAAUGAACUGAAACUGCAUUAUGUUGUAUAUUGAUUGGAUAAAACCACUUUUAUACUUUCGUUUCACGCAUACAAAGCCACUUAUGUUUUGCUGCAUAAUUUCCACAUAGUUCUGUAGGACACAGAAGGGUGCUGGCUGUGCCUUCCUCGAUUAGGCAGUUUGUGAUGGUCUGUUCUGAAAGCCCAAUCGGUGAGAUCAGGCCUGAUGUUGUUGUUUAAGUCUGUGGAAGCAACGUCUGCUUUUCUGUGUCUGAACAGAAUACUGGCACUAUGCUAAAACACACAAAGCAAAGCUUUGGCUCAACCACACAGCUGCAGGAAAGCUGCCAUGGGCUCUACUAUAUUACGCCUGAUAUCCACUUUCGUGGGUGGAGGUACAUAGUGGUCGGUUAGGAACAUCACUUUUUUUUUUGUCUUUUAUAAAUUAAAUAUAAUACAAAAAGCUUACAAACACUCAUGUCUGAUUCUUUCUACCAGAUUUAAGCUGAAAACCAGAGUAGAAACAGGAAGGAACACUACUUUUUUUUUUUUUUUUUUUUUUUUAAAUGUAAGCUGGCAUAGUAUUCAUUGUCCUUAAAGGAUUAGUUCACUUCCAGAACAAAAACUUACAGAUAAUGUGCUCAACCUCCAUUUUCAUCCAAGGUCUUCAUAUCUUUCUUUCAUUCGUAAAGAAAUUGUUUUUUGAGGAAAAUGUUUUAGGAUUUCUCUCCAAGUAAUGGACUUCUAUGGUGCCCCCAAAUGUGAACUUCCAAAGUGCAGUUUAAAUGCAGCUUCAAAAGGCUCUAAACGAUCCCAGCCGAGGAAAAAAGGCAUUUUGGAGGUUCAAAUUUGGGGGCAAUAUAGAAGUCCAUUUACGUGGAAUGAACAGCUUGGAUGACAAGGGGGUGAGUACAUUAUCUGUAAAAUUUUUGUUCUGGAAGUGAGCUAAUCCUUUAAAAGUUACAACAGGCUGUUAAUCUUUUCAGCAGGUAACUUUUGCGCUACUGUUCAAAAGUUUGGGAUCUGUAAGAUGUUUUUGAAACAUUGAUUUUUUUUUUUUUUUUUUUUUUCCUUUAUUAAUUACUCACCUCUAUAUGGUUCCAAACCAGCGUUUAUUUUCAAAACUUAAACUAAGAUUUGUUUUUAUGAAAUCUGAGUUUUUUCUGAUCCUUCAUAGACAGCAAGGGUACUACCACGGUCAAGGCACAGAAAUGUAGUAAGGACAUCGGUAAAACAGUCUGUUCAACUGUAAUUUUACGAAGCUUGUAAGGGUCAGAGAGCUUUGAUUUCAUCAAAAAUAUCUUAAUUUGUGUUUGAACAUGAACGAAGAUCUUAUGGGUUUGGAACAACAUAAAGGUGAGCAAUUAAUGACAGAAUUUUCAUUUUUGGGUGAACAAUCCCUUUAACAUGUCCUUACUCAAUAAAAUGUUGUACUGACCCCAAACUUUUGAAUGGUAGUGCAUGAAAUAACAUCCCUGUAACUGCAGUUCUGUGUAAAUGCAUUUCUC